AUGUUUAACUGCAAAGUGCAGUUUCCUCCAGCUGUGCUCACUGCGUUGACCAAUAAAGAUGCAGCACUAAAGUCACCCACCAAGAACAGACUCAAAAACAUGCUUAUUCAAGCACUGUUUGACCACUUGAGUAAUGAGACAAUGUAUCCCUCUCAUGUGCAGUAUGUAGACCUUCUGAGGACUGUCCUUCUGAGUUUUCCUUUUUUGAAGGAGAGUUAUGGCUCUGGAUAUGAUGCUCUGCAUGAGUCUCUCAGGAACAAGUUUAAAAAGGAAAGAAGACCACUAGUAGACGUAGAGGAAAUUGAAAAAAUGAGACAGAAAUACUCAGUUCCAAAUUCAGGAAGAAAAAGAUCAUCAGAUAUCCAGCCCUGUAUCCUUUUGAAAAAAACCAAGGAUAUCAAUCCUCUUGACGAUGGGGAGGAUGAAAGGAGCACCGACCAACAUGUAUCAGUGAUUAAGCAAGAGUGCCAAAAAACUAGGCCAAAUGUGGAUGUCAUUCAAACGCACCUCAGGAAAAUACAGAAGUACAGAACACACUACAUUCUUCAGCAUACUACUGAAGAGGUUCUACGAGAAUUCCCAUGUCUCACUAUCCCUGUUGUGCUUCUUGAAGAGGCUUCCAUGUUACUUAAAACUGAUGUGGACAAAAAAGUAAUCCGAGGAUUCAGUAAGUUGGCAGCGAAGCUUGUGUCAAUAGCCCCAAACAGCAACCUUAAAAGCCUCUGCUUAAAAUCUGUUGAUGAGAGCCAGACAGACACUGAAAGAAAAGGUCAGAUGGUAAACACAGCUGUUCUUCUCCUGCCAUCUAUUUUCAAAGAAAAUGCCUCUCAUCUCUUCGUCAUAAAUAAGGAUCCACACAGCCCGAUACCUACAAUCAUACUCAGCAGCAGUGACGGCAAGCCCUUGAGUGAUUCAACUGAGGUCAAUGUCCAGAUGGAUGGACAAAAAAGGAUUCUGGACAGUGGGGAAAUGGACAUUUCAUUGGCGAUGGGUAUUGUCUUCUCCCUGUACCAUGUCUACAAUGUUGCCUAUCCAAGUGUGAACAAGCAGCGAUAG